GUGGUAUGUGUGCAACACAGAGCAAUUGUCUGAAUCCCUUCAGCCUAUUUUUGUCCAGAGUUACCUUGACCAAGGAACGCAGAUCUUCUUAAACAACAGCAUUGAGAAGUCAGGCUGGCUCUUUAUCCAGCUCUAUCACUCUUUUGUGUCUUCAAUUUUUAGCCUCUUUAUGUCUAGGACCUCUAUCAAUGGGCUGCUGGGAAGAGGCUCAAUGUUUGUGUUUUCACCAGAACAGUUUCAGAGACUGCUCAAAAUAAACCCAGAAUGGAAAUCCCAAAGACUUCUCGACUUAGGAGCUGGAGAUGGAGAGGUCACUAAGGUCAUGAGUCCUCACUUUGAAGAAAUCUAUGCCACUGAGUUGUCUGAAACUAUGAUAUGGCAGCUUCAGAAAAAGAAAUACAGAGUGCUUGGCAUAAAUGAGUGGCAGAACACAGGUUUCCAGUAUGAUGUUAUUAGCUGCUUGAAUUUACUCGAUCGCUGUGAUCAGCCACUGACUGUUUUAAAAGAUAUUAGAAGUGUUCUGGAGCCAACUAGAGGCAGAGUCAUUCUAGCAUUAGUUCUGCCCUUUCAUCCAUAUGUGGAAAAUGUAGGUGGCAAGUGGGAAAAGCCCUCAGAAGUUUUGGAAAUCAAGGGGCACACUUGGGAAGAACAGGUCAAUAGCCUGCCGGAAGUUUUCAGGAAAGCUGGUUUUGCCAUUGAAGCUUUCACCAGACUGCCAUACUUAUGUGAAGGUGAUAUGUAUAAUGACUACUAUGUAUUAGAUGAUGCUGUCUUCGUCCUCAAGCCAGUGUAAGUAUAUGUGAAGUAAAUCUUCAGAGUCAAACCCAAGAAGCAGCCUCUGAAAGAGGUGUUUGUUGUAUGAUUACUUAAAGGGAGAGGAAUUUGGGAUUGCCAUUCUAAAAAAAUACCAUGUAAGAAUUUUAAAGGCCAAAAUACUAAUGUAUUUCUUUGUAGUACGGUUAGAAAGGACAGUUUUUUUAAAACACUCUUCAGUUCAGAAUUUUUUACCAACUCUUAACAAUGCAUUCUGCAAUCCAAGAGUAAUGGAAGAUAUUUUUUUAUAAUUAAUUGCAGUAGGAAUCAGAAUUGGACAGAAGCAAUAGUCAUGAUGAUACGCAAACUGAUACAAGGUGUGGAUUGUUGUUAAAGCAAUCAAGUGAAAUCUGGCCAUAAGGCUGUCCAUUCAGUUCAAAAACAUUGUUGACUAUAAAGUGUCGGAAUGGAUAUUCUUCCAUGUUAAGAAGUUACUUGACCUCUGACUGUCGUUCUUCAUGUUUUUAAUCAUGCUAAUAAACUUUUUGAGAUGAUG